GCUUGAAUUUGUUUUUAAAAUUUUUUUGAAAUUAAAUAGUUUCACUUCAUCGAUAGGAAAAUAAAAACGCUUUUUCGUUUAUUUUUAAGGAAAUUAUGAAAAUCAAAAUGCACUUCAAUUUUUCUUACAGAAAACAUUCUACUUCUAUUUAUAUUUUUAGAUUACAUAGCUUAUUUUUAGAGCAUUGAUAACAUUUUUCAAUUUAUCGUUUUUGAAAAUGGCAAAUGUUUUAAUAGCAAAAUCGAUCUACAAAAAAACAUAUGUUUCAAAAGUUGCAGCAGCAAAAAUCAAAGAAAAAGUAGAUCAAGUUGUAAAUUCAAAUGAAAACAACUUAUUUAAAAUCGAUUGUUUAAAACAAAUAGAAAAAGAACAAUAUAAAAGUUUGAUCCAUGAACUUGCUUAUAAGAAGUCUGCAGAAGAGCUAAAGGACUUGGCAAUAAUCAUGAAUGAUUUGGGGCGUUUAACUUCUUUUUUAGGAGAAUUUAGCGGCGAUCUAAAAUAUUAUACCGAGGCUGCAGUAUUUUAUCAGUAUGUCAUUGCGAUACUAGAUCAGAAGCUAAAUGAAAAGUUAAUAAGAAUUGAAGAUAAAAAUAAAUUUAUAAAAGAACACCAUAUAAAUCCGUAUCAUCAGUUGGCCCAUAUACAAAAGCUAUUACUUUUAGCAACUGGUGGCGACCAACAAAAAGCGCUGAAUAUACAAGAGGAAACGGAAAAUUAUAAAAAUCUAUUAUCAACAUUGCGAGACGAAACUUCUCAAGUAAUAAAAGAGUUAGAAUCUAAACGUGAACAGGUUAAAAUGGAUAAUCAAAAAGAAAAACUAAAAUAUCAAAAGUAUUAUGUAGAUGAUGUUAGAGCAUGCUUUGAAAACAUAGCUGAUGCAAUGAAAAAGUUUUUAAAAAAAUUAUAUUAUGAUAGUGAACAACAAAUGGUAAUAACAAGGCCCUGUAAAUAUGCAGUUAUAGGACUAGGUUCAAUGGCACUUAAGCAAAUGACACCAUAUUCAGAUUUUGAAUUUGCUAUUUUGACAGAGAAUGAUGACUAUAAGCAAAGUGAUGACCCUAAAAUAAAAAAGUAUUUUAAAAAUCUAAGCCACUUAGUAAACUUCAAGAUCAUCAAUUUAGGAGAAAGCAUUAUCCCUACAAGUAAAUAUGGUUUAGAUCUGAGUCAUAUAGUAAAUGUAGCGGUUAACUUAGAUUUAGGAGGUAAAACACCACUCGGAAGAAUAGAGGGCGAUAAAGUAUAUGAUUUAAUACAACCAAUUGAUAUGAUGCUUAGUUAUGUAUAUAAUAAAGAAAAUUGGGCAAGUCAUAUUGAUAAAAACCUGCCAUAUAUAUUACAAAACGUUUGUUAUGUUUAUGGCGAUAAUAAACUUGUGGAAAAUUAUAAAAAAAAAGUUACAGAGUUUUUGCGUAGUCAUGAAAACGAACAAACCAGAUUUAACUGUGAGUUAAGAGCCAUUAAAAUACUCAAUGAAGGUAUAUUAGAGCUUGACUACCUUCAUACAACACCACAUCUUAAACCAAAAGAAACCUAUUUUAAAGGUGAUAUACAUAAAUUUCAACCUGACUUCUUUGAUACAGAAGGUCAAUUAUUUGACGUAAAGCAAGAAAUCUAUCGGUUACCUGAUCGCAUGAUACAUAAUCUUGGUUUGUAUUAUGGUAUUGAAGAAAAUUGUGCUUGGGAUAUAUUAGAUAAAUUAGAGGCUAAAGGAAUUAUUAAUUCACAGGCAGCACUUAAUUUAAAAUAUACUAUAUCUUUUGCUACUUCCAUCAGAUUAAAAACUUAUUCUCAUCACAAAGCACAGAGAGACGAUAUGUCAGUAUUUGUCAGACCAGCUAAAACUGAAUCUGAACUUAAAGAGAGAUCUAAACAGAUAUUUUAUUUAGCUAAAGCAGAUUUAGAAGAACACGGCGAGUUGUUUCAAUAUUUUUAUACAGCGUUACCUUUUCAUGAAAUGAUAAAAGAUUUUUGCAAUCAAUAUCAGACAUUAGACGAAGCAUGCAGACUAUCUUUUUUUAAAAACAACAAUUUUUACAAAGAUGAUUGUGCUACAAAAGGUUUUAUUUAUUUUAGAUUAGCGCAAUAUAAAAAUGCCGAGCACAAUUUCAAGAAAGCGUUAGAUGAUCCAAAUAAUAACAAUAUAUGGCAAAUAGGGGAAACAUUAGGACGUUUAUAUCUUAGUACUGGUAAUUACGAUCAGGCUAUUAAGCAGUUUGAGUAUUGUUCUAAAACGAUAAAACUGAUUUCUUGUGAGGACCCUCAUAUUAGUAUCUUUAGCGGAGAGUCUUUAAAUAACUUAGGGGUCGCUUAUAGUUCUAAAAACCGUUAUGAUGAGGCAGUUGAAUGUUACAACAAUAGUCUAAAGAUAUACAAAUCUAUAUACAAAGAUGAGCCUAACCCAAACGUUGCCUCCUGUUUAAAUAACUUAGGAGAAGCCUAUAGAAAUAUAGGUCAAUACGAUCAGGCAAUAGAAAAAUUUAAAGAAAGUUUAAAGGUUAUAAAAUUAAUAUGCCAAAGUAAAUCUCAUCCAAGUUUUGCUGCUUCUUUAAAUAAUCUAGGAUUAGUAUAUAACCGGAAAAAAAAUUAUGAUAACGCAAUUAAAUAUUAUGAGAAAAGUUUAAAGAUUCACAAGCUUAUUUACAAAGAUGAACCGCAUCCUCGAGUUGCAGAUUGUUUAAACAAUAUUGCAAUAACUUAUCGAGCCAAUGGACAAUAUGAUCAGACCAUCAAGUAUUACAAAAAAAGUCUUAAGAUUUAUAAAUUUGUUUACCAAGAUGAAUUUCACCCCGUUGUUGCUGAUACUCUUUAUAAUUUAGGGAUAGCCUCUGCGGCAAAGUUGCAGCAUGAUGAAGCUGUUAAGUAUUAUGAUGAGUGUAUACAAAUUUACAAACACAUUUACGAUGAUGAACCUCACCAAAACAUUGCUUUAUCUUUCAAAAAUAUUGCAGCUGUUUAUAAUGCAAAAGGGCAAUAUGACAAGGCGAUUGAGUGUUAUGAGGAGAGUCUUAAAGUUUACAAACUAAUUUAUCAAGAUUAACCUCACCCUAGUGUGGUUAUUGUUUUAAGUUCUCUAGGAAAAGUGUAUAAAAAUCAAAAUAAAUAUGACCAGGCAAUAAAAUACUAUGAGGAAAGCCUAUUGAUGGAAAAACUGAUUCAUCAAGAUAAACCUGAUACUAGUGUUGCCGAUAGUUUACAAAAUCUCGGAAUGUUGUUUAAACUUGUUGGAAAACAUGAUUUAGCAAUUAAGUAUUUCGAGGAGAGUUUAAAAA